AUGCCAAGCCCACCAGAACUUCUGAAAUGCGAUCAACUUCAAGACAACGUUAAUCGACCAGCUACACCACAGCACGAGGAACACAGCAAAUAUGAAGUGUAUGCGACCCUUACAACUUUCCGCAAUGGCAUCGCUGACAAUUCCACAGUCCUCAAGGUCGGCCGAGUGGCCAUCAUCUCGCGCGGCCGCUACGCCGGCAAGAAAGUCGUCAUCAUCCAGCCCCAAGACAACGGCACGAAGAAGCACCCCUUCCCGCACGCCCUCGUCGCCGGCAUCGAGCGCUACCCCCUCCAAGUGACCCGCCGCAUGUCCAAGGCCCGCCAGACGAAGCGCAGCAAAGUCAAGCCCUUCAUCAAGGCCAUCAACUACAACCACCUGAUGCCGACGCGGUACACGCUGGAGCUCGAGGGGCUGAAGGGCGUGGUGUCGAAUGAUACGUUCUCGGAGGUGAGCCAGCGGGAGGAUGCGAAGAAGAAGGUGAAGCAGACUCUGGAGGAGCGGUAUUUGAGUGGGAAGAACCGGUGGUUCUUUACGCCUUUGCGUGAGUACCUGGAUGCGAGACUUGCGGCAAGUGAGGAGACUAAUGAAGAUUGCAGGGUUCUAAAGCACGAUCGAGACACGAGGGAGCGGGAUUUGUCGAGAACAGCAUUGAGGCGUCUAAACUAG